AUGCACGACGUGUUUGAGCUCGCCUACGACGCUCGCGUCCUCGACGUGCGCUGGGUCCCGAACGCCGCCAGCGCGCUCUGCUGCCUCUGCUACGAGUCGUUUGGCCUCUUUGGGAAGCGCCGCCACCACUGCCGGCUCUGCGGCCAGCUCGUCUGCAGCGCGUGCUCGCCCCACAAAUCGUUCCUCGUGGGCUCGACGCGCCACGCGUCGCGGACGUGCACCGACUGCGCCUCGCUGCUGACGUGUCUCGCGGCGCAGGGCGACCCGCGCGUCAAGCGGCGCAUGGCCUCGCCGUUCCAGAGGAAGACGCGCGCGCCGACGUCGCUGCCGACACGCAGCUCGCACGAGCCGCCGGCCGCCGAGCUGCGCCGCGUGCUCCUCCUCAACAGCAAGGCCUGCGCGACGUACUAUGUCGUACACAACCGGUGGUACGAAGCCUGGCUCGCGUACGCCGACGGCGCGACGCCGACGGCGCCCGGUCCUAUCUCGAAUCACGCGCUGCUCUACUUUUACAACGGACAACUGUACCCGAAACAGACGCUGACGUAUGGCAACGACUACCGGUUCCUGCAUGAAGACGCGUGGCGGACGCUCUGGGGCGUCUACGGCGGCGGCCCGUCGAUCGCCGUGCGCUGGGACGGCGACGCGCCGCCGCCGAGCUCGGACUGGCGCGUCUUCUUCCCGACCAUGGGCGCCAAGGCGAUGCCGAAGGUCGUCAAGCCCAUCUCGCUCCAGCGCAUCCGCGCCAGCAGCACAACGCUCUCGGUGAGCUAUCCGCGCGGCGACGUCCUCGCCGUCGUGGACCACGAUGCCGCGACCUUGUCGGCGGUCGACGAGCAGCCAUGCAGUCCGAUCCUCCUCAUGGCGCCGCGCCCGUCGUUGCCGCCUGCCCAGGAGCGGCAGCGGGCAGCCAAAGAAGCUGUUGCAGCGUUCGCCAAGGCCGCGGGCCAAGCGCGGCGCGAAGCCGAAGGCGUCACGUACCGCAAGUCGCUUGUCUCGCUCGCGGACGUCGACAUGCGCAUUAGCUCGAGCUUUUGCUCGCCGACGCAAGCGACGCUUCGGACGACCAUUGUCUAGCUCCGUAUCUCUAUUAUAGAAAAAGGACUAUUUAACGCCAUCAACUUGUGUAUGUCUGGGGACCAGUCA